CCAUCAUCAUCCAGCUAGCUCGGGCCUGAGCUUAGCGAGAACGGCAAUGAGGGACGUGAGAGCUCCACAUCAACGGGAAGAAAUGGCCGUGGUGGCUAUCAGCUCGCAGUCGUCGUCACAUCACACCACCUACAUCACCGCUGCCGCCGCUCGCAAUGCACCCAGCAAUCAAAUCAGGAAACGUAGCUGUCAUUACAGGAGGCGCCUCUGGUAUCGGCCUCGCCCUCGCGCAGCUCUACGCCAAGCAAGGGCUUCGCGUAGCCGUAGGUGAUAGCGAUGACUCUGCGCUCCGAGCUGUUCCCAACGGCAUCGAAGCUUUGCCCGUCGACGUCACCAGCAAGGAGAGCCUGGCCUCCUUCCGCGAUGCCAUUGCCACCAAGUUUCCUGGCAAGCCCAUCUCCAUUCUCCAUGCUAAUGCUGGUGUCGGCGGACCGACCAAGGCCUCUGAUCCUGAAGGGUGGGAGAGGAUAAUGAAUGUCAACUUCCAUGGAGUGGUCAAUACGGUCCACACUUUCUUGCCUCUGAUAAAGCAGGGAGGCCAGCCGGCCUUGAUCUGCAAUACCGGGUCGAAGCAGGGCAUCACCACCCCUCCUGGCUCAGGAGCAGCAUACAACAUCAGCAAAGCCGCGACCAAAGUCUUCACCGAGCAGCUCGCCCAUGAGCUUCGUCAGGACGAGGUGACCAAGGGCAACAUCAGUGUUCACCUGCUCAUCCCUGGCUGGGUGCACACAGGUCUCACAGGCGCAAAGAGUGGCAAGGCCAAGCCAGAGGGAGCGUGGAGCGCUGAGCAGACGGCCGACUUUUGCCUAGAGAAGAUCAACAAGUCGAGGGAUGCCUUUUACGUUCUGUGCCCAGACAACGACACGCCUACUGCCCUUGAUCAAGCGAGGAUGGAGUACAAUGUCAACGACAUUAUUCAGGACAGGCCUGCGCUGUCACGAUGGCAUCCUGACUACGAGAGCCAGUACGCCCAAUUCAUCAAGAGCAAGGGUCUUUGAUCACGGUUAUUGACACUGCGGGGACGAUCCUGCUUGCUAAAAGCAGAAUAUAUUUGUCGCCCACAAUUUCCGCAAAGGCCGGUCGUGCGACCUCGACUGAUCGAUUGAGGAGAUCUGUCCAUCGCUACGUCUCAGCACUCUGCUCUAUCUCCUCGCGUGCCGGCACG